CAUGACUUGAAAAUUGAAGUUGAAAAGACGAAAAAAGUUAAAAACUGCUCUUCUUUUCCUUGACUUUUGCCCAGUCUGGAGACUUCUGAGUAAAGGGACAGGUAGUAAGCUUUUCCUGUUUUGGUCAAAAUUUGUUUAAGUUAUGCAGUUUAGUUGGUGCAAUGGCAGAUUUGAGUUGUUAGGUGCUACCAAGGAGCUUUUUUGAUGUGGUGCUACUUGUUGUAUCAGGAGGGAUCUGGGGUCAAAGGUGAGGUUUCUUUCAUGAGAGCGAGCUUUUCCCGGAGAAAAACCAUGAGCCGAACAUCUGUUUUCUUUGAAUGGUAUUUAAACUACACCCAAGUUACUUUUUGGUGGAGAAGAAUUUUUAAGAUUGAAAUAUGGAAACUACAACAACCCCACCUGUGACCACUACAAUGGAACCAGUUGCGACAACAUCUUUGACAACUACAAGACUUAGUCCUGAAGAAACUGCAACAACCCCACCUGUGACCACUACAAUGGAACCAGUUGCGACAACAUCUUUGACAACUACAAGUCCUGAAGCUGUCCAAUGUCCAGCGCUGACUCCCCCAGCUAACGGAGCGCAGAGUCCUACCGGAGUGAACUCCUACAAUGACGAGGUGAUGUUCACCUGUAACCAGGGGUACGAGCUGGAAGGAGCGUCUAGUGUGAGGUGCCAGGCAAACCGAGCUUGGAGCGGUCCUGUUCCAACAUGCAGAGUGUGUACCACAAGUACAGAUGCAGAGUACCGGUACCGAUGGGACCUUCCGCCUGUCACGGGCUCACGGUUUGAGUUUGAAGUGCAGGCCAGUGGCGACGUUAACGUGGCGCUAUCGGCACAGAACCAGGAUCUCAGCGACAUGUAUGAGGUAGUGAUUGGUGGCUGGAGUAACAGGAAGUCUGUCAUACGUCGCUCAAAGCUAGGGGCGGUACAAGCUGAGGCCCAAACACCAGGUAUCAACUCUCCAAACCAAUACCGAAGGUUCUGGAUAACCUGGGCUGAUGGCACCAUCGCUGUUGGACGCGGCAACGAGAUCGACCCGUUCAUACAGUGGGUGGAUCCGGACCCCCUAAACAUCAGCUAUGCUGGCUACUCCACAUAUAUGUCAAGCUCAGGCCAGUGGAGGUUCUGUUCACCAGGCAUCCGACUGAUGGGCGGAAGUUCGUCCAGCGAGGGAAGGGUUGAAGUGUACCAUGACGGGCAGUGGGGGACGGUCUGUGACGACGAUUUUGACAUGAACGACGCCAACGUCAUCUGCCGUCAGCUGGGAUACGGAAGCGCUCUCGAGGCCCGAUCUAAGGCAGCCUUUGGGGCGGGGUCCGACCCGAUCUGGCUGGACGACCUGAACUGCGGGGGCUCCGAGACAAGCAUCGAAGACUGCACCCAUAACGGAUGGGGCUCACAUAACUGUGGGCACCAUGAGGACGCUGGUGUCGUCUGCUCUGGCGCUGCCCAAUGUCCAGCGCUGACUCCCCCAGCUAACGGAACGCUGAGUCCUACCGGAGUGAACUCCUACAAUGACGAGGUGAUGUUCACCUGUAACCAGGGGUACGAGCUGGAAGGGGCCUCAAGUGUGAGGUGCCAGGCAAACCGAGCUUGGAGCGAUCUUGUUCCAACAUGCACAGUGGUCCAAUGUCCAGCACUGACUCCCCCAGCUAACGGAACGCUGAGUCCUACCGGAGUGAACUCCUACAAUGACGAGGUGAUGUUCACCUGUAACCAGGGGUACGAGAUGGAAGGAGCGUCUAGUGUGCGGUGCCAGGCAAACCGAGCUUGGAGCGAUCCUGUUCCAACAUGCAGAGUGUGUAACACAAGUACAGAUGCAGAGUACCUGUACCGAUGGGACCUUCCGCCUGUCACGGGAUCACGGUUUGAGUUUGAAGUGCAGGCCGGUGACCACGUUCACGUGGCGCUAUCGGCACAGAACCAGGAUCUCAGCAACAUGUAUGAGGUGGUGAUUGGUGGCUGGGGUAACAGUUGGUCUGUCAUACGUCUCUCAAAGCAAGGCGCGAACCAAGCUGAGGCACAAACACCAGGUAUCACCUCUCCAAACCAAUACCGAAGGUUCUGGAUAACCUGGGCUGAUGGUGGCACCAUCGCUGUUGGACGCGGCAGCGAGAUCAACCCGUUCCUGCAGUGGGUUGAUCCAAACCCCCUACCCAUCAGCUAUGCUGGCUACUCAACAGGAUGGGGCAUUGCAGGCCAGUGGAGGUUCUGUUCACCAGCUGCCCAAUGUCCAGUGCCGACUCCCCCAGCUAACGGAUCGCUGAGUCCUACCGGAGUGAACUCCUACAAUGACGAGGUGAUGUUCACCUGUAACCAGGGGUACGAGCUGGAAGGAGCGUCUAGUGUGAGGUGCCAGGCCAACCGAACUUGGAGUAGUCCUGUUCCAACAUGUGCAGAUGCCGACGAAUGUGCGACAGCGAACGGUCGGUGUGAUCACAUCUGCUCAAACUUUCCUGGAGGGUACCGGUGUUUCUGCCGCCUGGGAUUUGUGUUGAUGGGGGACGCCCAUGGCUGUGGAGUGUGCGGACGCUGCCAAGGCGGAGACGUCAACUGUGACCCGCUGUCAGGUGUCUGCUCCUCUGGGUGUCAGGAUGGAUGGAAAACACAGCUGUGUGAUAAAGCUGUGGAUCCACCAAUGGACCUGGCAGUAACUGACAUCACGGAUGAUGGGUUCAAGGUCACGUGGUCUCCAUCCCCUGAUCCUGACCUUGACCUUGAGGGAUACCGUGUCGUGGUGUCCAGGCUGGACAUAAUGACAGCUGUCAAUCAGAGCACAGCCGAGACAUCGUUUCCGGUGGUUGGUCUGUCACCGGAGACUGCCUACAUCAUCAGGGUGACAGCCCUGUUCUCAUCAGUCGGUUGGAAGGCACAGAGCGAGACAGCAAUGAUACUGGUGUUCACAGCCGCCACGCCAACCACUACGCCUGCACCUGCCCUUACCACCGAGCAGAAAAGUCGGGAGACCACCCUCCUUUCUACCGAACCAGAAGCUUCGACCGUACAAAAUACACAAGAGGCCAUGAGGGAUGGAGGGUCAUCUGAUGAUGCAGCCGCCACAACGACAGCCACUGCUACCACCAAACAGACAAGUGGCAUGACCACAGUCUUGUCCACCAGGCCAUCAACUCAAGUACAGCUAGGCUCGGAAGCCACUGAAACCACGGAGACCAGCAGCAGACCGCCGGCGGAAGACAAAGCAACACCAGGCCAGGCUCUUGGUAACGGUCUGGACAGCAUCUUUGCUGGUUCGCUGUCUGCAAAACCACAGGAUGUACUCCAGAAGCUAGCCCAGACUGCGGAUGUCCCUGGAGACGCUGUUGUCUUGGGGCAGCCAACAUCAGCUGCUGAGGAAAAGGCACAGGACAUCGCCGUAGGUGUUUUGAAGUCCAUCACCAGCAACCUGGACAAACUGGACAUGUCUGACCCGGCCACUGUCCAGUCCGUGGGAGGAUCUCUGGUGGAGUCGGUCGGUUCUCUGCUUGAGGAACCAGAGAGAGAUACACAAGAGGAUGAUGGGAAGCUUGCAUCUGAUCUCGAGGAAGACCAGAGUCUCUCUCCAAAGGAGCGCCUUGAAAAGGCAGAAGAAAGGGAAGAGGAGAAACAAGCCGAGAAACGAAGAAAUGUCCAGGAAAGCCGCCGGGUCCUGGAUGGUCUGUUCGACGCCAUUAUGGGCUCCAUGAGUCCAGGAGCCCCGGCAGUCACCAUCGAGAGGGGAGGGGUUGCUCUCCGUGCGGAGAGGGUCUGGGGUGACCAGUUUGGAGGCCGGGUCGUGCAGAUGGAGGAUGGGAGCUUUCAUCUUCCAUCUAAAGCAGCGCUGUUCCCGGACUAUACACCGCACAACGUCGCUAUAAGGUUGACGCAGUUUCAACAGAACCCCUUCACCUGGGGGCGCGGGGAGUACCAGGCACGUUCGUCUGUUAUGGAACUGUCACUCCUGCAGAACGACAUCCCCGUGGCCUUCAACAACCUGACUGAAGACUUUAACAUCACCAUUCCGGGCGGCUCUGGAAACAAACCAGCGACGACAACCAUCACCUUCCCUGCACCAGGAAACCAAAGUUCAAGCUACCAUUUGCUAAAGCUCAACAGCACCGCAGAAGGAUUCCUGGUCACCAUCACCCCACUGAACACAAGCGUGGUUUACGGCGUGUGGGGCAGGUACGGCGGCCGCCCUGAUGACCAAAACUACAACAUGUCCACGGAGACGUACAUCCUACCUGAGGAGUGUGCCUUGAUGAAAUCUCUCAGUGGCGAUGAAGACACAAACACAGAGAAGACAGAGGCAACGAUAUUCAUCCUGGGAGGAGAUGGUCCUGCGGAUUACUACAUCAAGGUCCAAGUACUUGGUCCAGUGACCGAGUGUGACAUGGAAACGAAAACUGACAUGAAGGAGUCAGACAGCAAUGACUUCUAUGCCUACCGGAUCCAGUGGGUCCGUUUGGGCUGCAUCUACUGGAGCGAGACCCAGGAAGACUGGAGGACUGACGGCUGCACGAUAAGCGAGCAGUCCACCAUUACCAGCACCAUCUGCCACUGCAACCAUCUGACGGCCUUCGGACUUGACUUCGCCACUCCGCCAAACACCCUUGACUUCGGGGCCUUGAAUUUCAGUGAUUUGGUGGACAACGGUGCCGUUUUGACAACCAUCAUUGUGGCGCUCUGUCUGUUCUCGUUGACAUCAGCCGUGAUCAAGAUCGCUGAGCGUAAAGAUAAAAGAAAGUUACAUCAUGCUGUAAGGUUGGACGACCUUCAGAACGGCUACCUGUACCGCCUUCUCGUCUGGACAGGUGCAGCUAGGCAUGCUGGGACAGAGUCUACCGUUACCUUCAAGCUUGUCGGAGACGCCGCAAACUCCGAUGUGAGAGUGGUCAACAUCGCUGAGAAGGUUUUUACCCAGGGCAGCCAGGUGACCCUGACCUUCAGCAUAGUGGAACAGCUGGGUAACGUGGAGCAGCUGCAGCUCAUGCACGACAACAGUGGGGAGGGGAGCCGUGCAUCGUGGCACGUGGACAGAGCAGCAGUGGAGGAUGUCACCACUGGCAAAACGUCCUAUUUCUUCUGCAAUGAGUGGCUGGCAGCCGACCGCGGGGACGGGCAGGUGGUGAAGACCUUUCCUGUCGCCACUGAGCAGGAUCUGCGAUCCUUCGGGUUCCUGUUCCCGGUGGCACGUUCACCCGCAGCCAGAGGCUCGGCUGCUGCCUGA